CUGUGUGUUGUCUUGUUCUUGUCGUUUGUUUAGUUGGCCGGUCUAAUCUCCAACCUCGCAGACCCAGGCACGACGCCGGCAGCGUCUCUGAUUCGUGGGUUGAGUCAUCUGGUGGCAUCUCGGUAUCAGCUCCCGCCAUCAUCGGCCUCCGUUGCGACCUCGACCUUGACCUCGACCUCGAGACCUUGACCUGAAUCAACCUUGACUCUCCUCCUUUUCUCUCCGCCCGGCCCAACAACCUUUCUUCUUCUUGGGGCUAUUUCCACUUCACUCGCGACGUUGGCGCUCAGAUACAUUCAAAAACCACCACCACAUCUUCCUACCUAUAUCUAUACAUCUAUCUAUCCGUCCCAGCCAUCCGGCCAGCCGCCUCUCCGAACAGUUUCCGUACCACCACAUCACCUCACACCACGCCAGGUUAGGGAUCGAGACCAUUGCGGCGCCAUUUCAUCAACACAUAUUAAAGACGGCCCCCCUCCUCGCCCUACGCUACCGAGAGACGGCGCUGCCCCCCCCGCCCGCUCCUUGUCCCACUUGGAUCGCCCCUCCAUAUCGCGUGCUCUGUCCAUCUCCCCCUCCGCCACCUCUCUCCCCUCGCGAAAGCCAGGAUCGCAGCUCGGCCACAGCAUCCGCUUCUCUCAUUAAAUUCCUUAUUGACCCGGCCGCCGUGUGUCUUGACAGAAGCUCGCAUCGACAUCAGGGCAACAGCACGAUCGUCUUGCUUGCCAUUGCCAGUCCCAACCCCCAGUGGAUGAUGACAUUCACACCUGCAUCAGCCUCGAAAACCCGCGUCUGACCGAGGCGCACCGCACCGCCUUUGCCGCCAGCACGACAUCCCAGUCACACUCACAACUCACAUAUCCCCCACCCUGUGGCUCUUGGUCUCUCACUGGCUCUCAGUUAGUUGCCCCUCCCUCACUCAAACGACUCUCUCACGCACGCGCCCACCAUUACUACCACCACCACCACCACCACCACCACCACACACACGCUCUCACCCUUUCCUGCUCUCACCUUGGCCGCUGUCCCUUAACGUCGCCCGCCGCCUUUGCUCUCUUUCUGCCCACCUCAGGUACCGACGGCGUGGACUGGUCCAGACCCCCUUCGGCGACCCGGCCUCACUUAGCCUGGGUUAUCUCUCUUACUCCCUUACUCACCCUGUCCUGUCUGUCUGUCUGUCUGUCUGUCGGUCUGUCUCUGUAUUUGUCUUAACAAGACCAUCACAACAAGUCUUUCACGUUGUUCUCGCUCCAUCGUUGCCAAUUACCUGACGAGCUAUCAUCCGCUUCCUUGACAGCUCACUGCACUGGCUUCACAAUAGCGCCGGGUGAGCGACGCACUGCGCAGUGCUGGGGCGAGGUAGCUGCAGCACACUACACACACUAGGUACACACACACGCGCGGGCGCGCACACACAGCGCAAGACCACAGCGCCCAUCGCCCGCUAUCCCCCGCUAUCCCCCGCGGCCACCGCCUAAACUACCUGAUCCACCCCCACCCUCUCACUCUCUCUUUCUCUCUCUCUCUCUACCUCCGUCUCCCGCUUCUUCCACUUCCGCUCCUCUUUUUUCCCUCUUCCUCCUCCUCCUCCUCCUCCCCUCGCCUCGAACCCGUCUCUUCCGGCCCGCUCUCCCCCCCCCUAUCCGGCUCAAAAUGCCUUCAACCAACGGCCCCGAAUAUCGCCAUAUGCGCAGUGGCAGCGUCAACAUUCAGAAUCAGAACCAGAAUGGCCACCCCAGCCCCAUCAUGAGUCCGAUGCCCUCCACCGCAUCCACUGCAUCCGCCUCCGCCUCCGCCUCGGCCGCCAGAUUCGACGGUCCGCGGAGUCCACCCAACACAUCACACGUUCCCUGUAAAUUCUUCCGACAAGGCGCCUGUCAAGCUGGCAAUGCUUGUCCCUUUAGCCACGAUCUCGGUGCCGCAGCCGAGAACAUUUGCAAGUACUUUGCCAAGGGCAAUUGCAAAUUCGGUCCGAAAUGCGCAAACAUCCACGUUCUACCCGACGGUCGACGCAUCAACUACGGCAAGAACGGCGUCACCAUCGGCACCUCUCCGAUAGCCCUGGGUGGACGAAUCAACCCGACUUCCGCUGCCAACUACCACCCAACCAGCGCCCUGACAUCCGGCCUCUACCGAGAAGGCGUCCCUCCCUACACCUCGGCAUACCCGUACGGUGAUGAGAGACAGCACCAAUUGAGCGGCCAGCCAGGUCUCGACAAUGGCCUGCCCACCAUCGAUACGACCUAUUCCCACCCCGGCUCCAACUACGGCUCACCCCGUGACGACGACGCAUCCAGGUUCGGCCUCGGCCUGUCUCCCGUCAACGCUAACGGCCUUUCCGUACUUGAUGCGCCGCUACCCGCCUCUUUCGAUUCCCAGGGCAUGUCCAACGCCGCCCGCUUCCCUGCCGCUCCGUGGCCCUCGUCCGUGCCCUCCAAGUUCGGCAUUGAAUCUCCUACGCCCUCCUUGAGCAACGCCAAGGAUUCGCGAACCUCGGAGACUCUGAAAAUGCUCCACACAUCUGCCUUUGGUGGCAGCGAGUACCUCGCAGCAGCCAACGUGACCGCUUCCAGCAGCCCUCCCAGCCAGCCCGAGGAGUACUUCGGCAAGCGCACCAUGCACUCGAGCCGAUACGCGAAGCCCAAGAUGAUGAGCUCGAGCAUGCCCAAGACGACCGCCGUCGACCAUGACUGGGAGGCCGACUUCGGAUUUUUGGAAGAGGAUUGCGUGCCGCACAACUUGCAGGACCUCCUGACGCCAACCGAGAAAGCCCGCCGUGGAUCCUUGCGCACUGUCGAUGGCGAGCCGGGCAGCGAGAACGCGACCAAGUUCGGCAGUCCUAUCGGCGGCGCGAGCCCGAGCAGAUGGGGCCCGCUGUUCCAGCGCCAGAAGGAGGAGGAACUCGGCACCCACAAGCAUGGGCCUUCGGCCUUUGGUCAUGUCGGAAGUCCUCUCCGGAACUCGGUGCUCUCCAACGAAAUGGGCCACGGCAGCGCCAUGGCUCGACCCAUCGGAUCCCGUGCUGGCAGCGAUCCCAUGUCGGCCCUGACCCAGCAACUCCAGCGAACGCGCCUGGGCGACGACGGGAGCAGCAGCCCACACCUGCACCCUCUGACAGCCGCCGGCCGCGCUCCGAGCAAUGGUGGCGCUGGGCCCAUCGGCAAGGACCGGGACCGCGUGAUGGAGCGUCACGUAUCGAGCGGGUCUAUCAGCUCGUCGGUCACCGGACGAUACACGACCCCGAUCGACGAGGAGGACCCCGCCUUUGUGUUCAACAUGGAGGACGAGGAAGAUCAGUCCGCUGCACGUACCCGUAAGCGCGGGUCGGCCGGCUUUGGCAUCGGGGGCGGAUGGAGCUACGCGAACGCGCUUUCCAACAAGGGCGCUGCAUCUGGAUCCGGCCUGGCCAAGGAGCAAAGGGAGCCAUCUGUCAGCGUCGAGACCGUAGGCGGGCGCUGAGGGGGUUGGGCUUCAAGGCAAAAAUGCUCGUGGGAAACAACCCACCGGCGACUGAAAAGCAUAGCGACGGUGUAACGUCACGAUUCCGGUGACGUCCAUUUACAACGACUCUCCACUUUUACACCCUGACGAUACUCGACGACACAUUUCAGCCACGACUCUCACAACAUGCAUGGGCGAACGCCAACGGAGAACUAAAAACAAAAAAUUAAUUCAGCCGGUCUUACAAAAUCAAACGGACAUAACAAGGGAUGGGGUCUACAAGGUGGUGGCUGCUUAUACAAUAUGGUAGGGAGUUUUUAUUGGAGUUUCAUCGAUUUGCUUUGGGAUCUUGGUCUUUAUCCCCGCGGAUAUGAAUUGUUGGAGGCUUAAUUUUAUGUCGGCUUGGUUGGCAGAGGAUGAUCCCACGCCACUGUAUGGACAAUACUACCGCUGCUCUCAUUCGCUACCAAAAUGCGGAGGAUCGAAUUGUUUCCCCUUACUUUUCUCUUCUUUCUGGUGGAAGCAUGGCGUCUAGGGACUUUAGGCCAUGGCUUCAGGAUCAUAUAGGAGGGGAGGACGGAUUUUGGGCUUGUUUACGACACAUCUUGGAUGGAGAAGUAUGCAACAAAUGAGCAGGGGGAGAUAUCUGGCUUGGGUUGGCAUAAUAGUCACGAGUUGGUUUGUCUCGUGACUCGGCACCGCAUUUAGAGACGGAUGGAAGAGGAAAAGCAGAUACCACCGGCCAAGUAUCAUUCUUUAUAUACAAAAGCAAUCAUUGAGGCAACCGAUUGUUGAUC